UGGCCCUUCUCUUUUUGUCGCCAAAAGGCAAAGCAGAUAAUACGACAUAAAAAAUGCCUCUGGGAUCUUCCUCAUCAGCAGUGCACAUCCUGCAGCCUGCACAAGUUCUCGGUGGAAAUGCUGCGCGCACACCGACAUCUGUGACCAUACACCCUGCCGUGCUCUGCUCAAUCCUGGAUCAUUACCUUCGGCGUACAGACUCACAAGAACGUGUAAUUGGAACUCUUCUCGGGACCAGGACAGACACUGAGAUCGAUGUGCGCUCUUCCUUUGCCGUUCUCCACAGCGAGACAUCGGAGCAAGUUGCUGUAGACAUGGAAUACCACAGGACGAUGUAUGAACUGCACCACAGGGUCAAUCCUAAACAAGUCAUUGUUGGAUGGUAUUCCACCGGAUCGAACUUGAAUACCUACUCCGCCCUUAUACAAAACUUUUACUCGCAAGAAACAGCGCCCCAUCAGGCUGUACAUGUUGUGGUUAACACUGGUCUUGAAGAAGGUGUAAAAUCAGGCGCACAAGCCUACGUCAGCUCGCCAGUGGGUAUCUUCCCCAAACCUGAAAAUUGUGUUUUUGUCCCUAUCCCUUGUGAAUUGCGUUAUGAUGCAGCGGAACGCAACAGUCUCGAGCUCCUCACUUCCCCUACACCGAUCGUUCAUCCUACAUCUGAACUCGAGAUAUUCGAACAAUCGCUUCAGUCCAUAUUGGACAUGAUGGAUCGCGUUCUUGGUUAUGUACGUCGUGUCCUUGCAGGCGAGGUGAAAGGCGAUCCAGCUGUGGGGCGUUAUUUGAUGGACACCAUUGGUACCAGCGUCAGCGAUAGCGAGGGAGGCUUCAACACUACGUUACAGGAUACGUUGAUGGUGUCCUACCUUGCAACACUCAUGCGAUCACAGGCGGAAAUAUCGUCACGUCUGUCCUUGGUGACUCCUUUAUAGCCAGCGCCACUAUUUGCACGAUAGACAUGCUUGUACGAGACAGCAACUGACUGAUAUAUAGCUUUGCGUCGAUUAAAAUGUAACUGCUAGCUGUUGAAGAUCCUAGAAUGCUGCAAGUCAUGCCGAACAGCGAGAAUUUCGCCCAAAGGCCAAGUGGCCGCUGGUCCAUCGACGAUGCUAGCUUGAUUCUGGUCUGGGAUAACGUUUUCCAAGGUAUGAUCAAUUACUCCAGUGCGAAGAUCUUUGCAGCGAUCUGCCUCUAUGUCAACAAAAGGGCGCACGGCGUGCAGCAAGAGUUGUUGAGAGCCAUAAGGCCCAAUUGUAUUCAGCCUUACUGCGGCUGACAGAAGACUCCUUGCAUGCAAGAAGAGAUAUAAAUACUGGGCACGCUCU